CAAAAUGGAUAAAUCAACACCCAGGCGGACUUACAAUUUGCGGAGUGCUGAUCGAACAACACAAAACAGUCCAGUUUCCAGACAAAGUCUAGAAAAUCAUCGCAAUGCUUCAGUGUCUCUAAGAAAAAGAAAUUCAGCCACAGAGGAACGAUGUUCUCGUAAAAGACGAAGAACACAGCAAACACAUGGAUUACCUUUUUCAUCGCCAGAUGCUAUUAAUCAUCAACGAGCAUUUCAUCUCGAUGAGCACAAAGUAUGUUCAAAGCUUACUACAAGAUUGUCGAUUGAGGUGGAGACGUCGUAUGGAAGUUUCGGUAAACUACCUUAUGAUGCCGUCAUCCACAUAUUGACAAGAACACCAUACAAUCUUCUAAGUCGCAUGGUAAUGACAUCUUCCUGCUGGAAUCAAACAAUCGGAGCAUAUAUGAGAAGUGGAGCUUUUCGUCGUCGCUGGCUGUUAGACAUUGACAUUGCGCCAAGUUCUAAACCAUUGGAUCCCUUCUUUGAUAUGGGAAAACUCGUGAGGUGCCUGACGAUAAAUUAUGAAUGGAAAGCGAGGCUAGAUUGUCUGAAAUCGUUUAUGACACUGGCGUACGAGUCAGGUGCUCUGAUUGCCGGACUUGGCAAGAUGAUUCAUGCGUUCACAAAUCGCCCAGACGAAGACAUUGUAUUGGAGCAAAUUGAUGACAUCGUUGCCAUGCUCUUGGCGCUAGUUAGUGGUCUGAAAGAUGACUUGAGUGCUGUUCUUUUCACCCCCGAAACGGAUCGAGAGCUGGAAGAAUUAGAUAAUAUGCCAAUUCUUCGCGAAGAGAUGAAGUUGCGGAAAAAGACAUUGAAUUUGUUCUUGAAUAAUGGAUCGUCGGACCCAGCUCAUGGUGUUAAUAAAUAUUUCUUGAGCAGUUUGAUGAAAGUUUUCAAAACAGCGCAUAAUGCACUUCCGACUGCACUUUUCUACCUUCUGUUUUCUCCGACCACAAUCCAAGAUGAUGAAGAAGUGAUUCACUGGCAUCGAUUGUCUUUGUUAUCCGUGGUAACUUCCGAAGAAGCUGAAGAGUUAAAACCGUUAUCAAGAGCAAUGUGUGCUCUGAUACAGUGCAGAAACUUAAAACACGUGUUGCCUUGGUCAAAGAAUACAAUUUUCAAUUUGAUGGAAGAAAUUACGACAUAUCCAAAUCCAUGGUCGAUGAGCACAUUUGUUGCACUUAACGUCCUGGAACCGGAGCUUGUUCCCAUUGGUGUUGUUGCACGAAUGAAUCGUAAUCACGAAGAUGAAGCGGGUGAUAUAAUUUGCACUAUGAAGAUGCUUCUACAUCGAUGGGAUAUGGAUGUCUAUGGAGUAAUGGAAUCUAUAAUUGAUACGAUAAAAGCAGUGCUCAAACCAUACCAACGUCGUAUUCUUUUUGAUCGUUGUUGGGAUUGGCAUCAACGAAACAUUGACGAGCAUCGAAAUCAAAUGGGACACUUUUCCGACAUACGCGCCGAAAUUGAGAGUCAAAUUGAAGUUAUGCCGGUAUUGAUGAAACUACUGUAAUUAGUGAGAAAAUUAUUAUAUCAGUAUAUACAUAUCUUGUGUCAUUCUCAUGUGUAUUGCCUUUUCCCCCCAUUUUGUUCCUCCUUUCUACGUGUGAAUGUCCCCUCAAAACAUUAUAGAUAUAUUAGAGCUAGAGAAAUAUAUUCCAUUUUCAGAUAUUUAUGAUUUCUUCCCCCUUUAAUUAAAACAUAAUCUGUUGGAAACUAAUAACCAUAGAUGGUUUUCAAGCCAUUCGGCUUUAAACGUUUCCUCCUUUUUAAUAAUCAAAUCAUUUUUCCCUUGAUAUAUCCCCUCCAUAGUGCCAUCACUGUCUCUAAAAUCUUGUCAAAUUAAAUUAUCAUGUGCCAAAAAAAGAUUUUCUUCCAUUUU